AUGGUUACCAUUAAAGAUAAAUAUAUUAAAGAGUUGGAUCAUUUGCCAUAUUAUAAUCCCCAACUAGAACGAAAAGUGGCCAUAAUAACAGGACCUACUACUGGAAUUGGAUUCCACACUGCAUUACAUCUAUAUCUACAUGGUUUUAUAAUAUAUUUAUGUUGUAAAAAUACUCAUAAAGCUAAUAAGAUAAUAAGCCAGAUAAAACAAGAAAUCAUAACCAAGAAGCUCAUUGCAAAAGAGGAGGAAUAUGAAGAAUGUUUUGGAGAGCUAAGGUAUAUAAACAUUGAUCUAGCUGAUUUGAAAAGCAUCAAAAAAAAUAUCUCAAAUUGGUUUAUAAAAAACAAAAUAGAAACAAAAGUAGAUCUUUUAAUAAAUAAUGGUGGUGCAAUGGGAGUUCCCUUUGAAGAAACAAAAGAUGGGAUUGAAAUACAAUUACAGACCAAUUAUAUAGCACAUUUCUUAUUAACUAUAGAACUAUUACCUUUGAUAAAAAAGUGCCACGGAAGAGUAAUAUCAGUUUCAAGUGUCAGUCAUAACUUACAAAUUAUUAAUUUAGAUAUAAACAAUGGUUUCAAUUAUUUUCCCAAUAUGAUAUUUACAUGGAUUAGGUUUGCUAUUGCAAAAACAGCUUGUAUUCAAUUUGUUAAAAUUUUAGCUAUUAAACAUAGCGAUAUAUAUUGUUUAGCGAUACACCCCGGAAUUGUUAUGGAUACAGGUUUAUUUUCGUAUUGGACACGACUACCUAUAUUUGGAAUCUUUUUUUGGUUAUUUUUCCAAGUAAUUGGGAUAUUUUUUAGUGUAUCUAGAGAAUCAGGUGCAGUAUCUUUAUUGAAGACGGCGUUAUCUGAGGAUUUGAACAUUGAGCAAAGUAGUGGGAAGUAUUUUAACAGCAAGGGCAUUGAGAAGGUUCCUGGCGGAGUGGCUAACAACUUGGAUUAUACAGCAUCCACAUGGAUAUGGACAGUUCACAAAUUAAAAGAUAAAGGUUUUGAUGUUUGA